AUGAAUGCAAGUAGGUUGGUUUCAAAGAUCAAAUAUAUCUUUGGCAACCAAUAUGUUAUCCCUGCUACUCUGACACUAGCAUGUGUAGCAUUUAGAUUCGUUGAUUCAAGUGAAAUGUUGAGUAUUGUGAAUGAUGAGGAGAUGGAAGAAGAAGAAGAAAAUAAUAAUAUAAUUCAAGACCUAUUUGAAAACUAUCCUUUCAAUAUAGGCUAUGUCAUUUCUCGAAUCGAAUAUCUUGUGUAUGUGACAAACAAUAGUUACACUGUGUGUCGACGACUAGCCACUCCAGAGUCUAUACGUUUACUCGUUCAAAUUGCAUACCGACAGAAUCGAGCACGUGUAGAAUGUCUAGAGAUGGCAACCAACCAUCAAAGAGAUUUCCACUUUAUCACCCUCUUCUCUUCACUUGUAGAAUCUCCCAUUAUAGUACUCGUAUCAAACCUUAUCCGUCAUUUUUCACGAGUUCAAGAUAUACCAUUCUAUGAACUAAUUAGAUAUGCUAAUUGGUGUGGAUUCCCUAUUAAGAUUAUGGUUGGUAAUAUGUUGGCCAAAUAUUUAAUUGAACACAAUAAUACCUAUCAAGUUGCCUAUACCUAUACAACUCACAAAGUACUUGGUCUAUUUAAAGAGUUACUUGAACACGAGGUGGCCAACGAGUUUGCUGAUAUUAGACGUGCAUCUUUACUAGUGGUACACCAUCUACCUACAUUAAAAGAUACAGAGGAGGAUAUGAUACCAGUUCUACGUGGACAAACAGCUCCAUCAUUCAUGUCUAAUCUCUAUUACAAACUAAAUACCGGCACCGAUAUUAUACCGGAUAUUUGGUUCUCGAGUUUGCCUGUCUUUUUCGGUACAACCAUGGCAUGGAAAAAGAGUGGAGGUUCAAUCAAAUAUACUGCAUGUGUAGGGUUGGCAAUUGCAACAUUUGAAUAUACUAGAUGGAAGUCAACAGAUUUAACAGAGACACUUUUAAAAAAAUAUACAAACCGAUCAAGUCAAUUCUUUGAUUUGACGAUUGGUGGAUUCACCCUAUUCCAUAACUUUUGGAUCUUUAAACAAUGCCCAUUAGCAAUUAUAGGAUACUAUGGUGGAAGAUAUAUAUUAAACAUUGGUCUCCAAUUAAAGAAACGUAUUCGUUACCGAUACUAUCUCCAAAGUAAUCUUUACAAAACCCAUUGUCAAUCUAAAUUCAUUCCUCCUACUUCACUCGAAUAUCUUUCAAAUUUAUUAUUACAACAAUAUCAACCUCAACCACUUCCCUCCCCAUCUAAUUUAAUUCAACCAUAA